GUGCCACAAUGAUGGGGCUUCUCUGUUGUUCGUGAACAGACAACUUCCCACAGGAAACCCAGAGGCCGAAGGCUACCGAGGGAGUCAGCCACCGGCCACUCCUAGAUCCAGCUGAGCUGCCAUCCUUGGGUAGGUAUAAAAAAUGGCUAUUGUUUACCUGGUUGCCGAGGGAACGAGUUGCCCUGAAAAACCAGUAGCCACUGCACAGCUGCUCAUUCUCCCUUCGUGCAGUGAUAGGACGAGCACCUAGUUGGUCAUGGCUGUGAGAAGGCUUUUCAGGAACAUCUGGAAAAGGUGUUCGCACCUUUUCUGUUGCCUGAAGAGCAACAUUGAAGACCUUCCUGUGCCUCCUGACAGCACCGAAGAGGCACAGGAACCGGAUGACCAGCAGGGAGAAUGGGAGACACAUCAUGUGUCUGAUGGAGACGUCUCUUCCUUGCCUGGGGUUGUGAUGGGUGGUCCUGCUACCGCCCGGAGUCCCAGGAAGGAAGAUGUCCGGCCAGCUCUCAUUUCCAGGAGAAAUGAGAGGAUGCCGAAGUGGACACCGCGGCUGACUACAAUUUGGGAGACCUGCACUGAGUCGGAUCCAUCGGACGUGGAGGAGGGAGGUGCAGGAGGAGACAGUGCCUGUCUUUCAGGAGAGGAAAGGCAAGAGCACUGGAGGCCGCGGCUGUCCACCAGUUUGGAGACCUGCACUGAGUUGGAACCACAAGACCAACCAGUGCAGGGGGAGAUCUCUCCUGACCUGGAGAAAACAUCUUCAGAGUAUCAUUUGCAGGAUUCGCUGACAGUCCUGGCGGGCUCCAGGACCAGCAGCCUCUGGGAUUUGGACCUCGACUCCCUUGCUGACCUUCUGGAGGAGGAAUCUGAGGAUAGCCGGGACCAGGAUGCGGAGGCUUCUUCCAGUCCAUGGAGGAAUGACUGUCGUUCACAGGAUUCUCCAGAGGAGGGGGAAGACACCCUGGAGGAUCUCAGCAGCCUGGAAGAGGACAUCCUGGACUCCCUGGACCGCCUUCUUCAAUGAGAAGAGAUGCUUCCUCAGAUUCGUCUCCAGAGGUCAGCUUGGAGGAGGAGGAACCAGCCCCAGCCACCUCAGGAGGACGGCUUCAGCAACGGAGGGUAUUGUUGUGGUCUGCCACCAACCUGCGGAGCUGGCAGCCGAGUCGGACAGUGAGGAGGCGGUGGAAGAACACGGGCCAGUCCUGGAGGCUGGGGAAGGCCCGGAUGAGGGCUCUGCGUCGGAGGCAGAGAUGGGGCGAGGACCAUCUGGGAGUGAUGUGCAGACUCUGGCCGGGUGCUUCUGUCUGGGCCUAUUACGGCCACCACUCAACCCUUGCACAUGACCAUCGGGUCUCAUGAGGACCCUAUUCAGUUUUAUUUUACCUCCGGCCUGCAUUUUCUCGUGGUUUUGGGCUUGGCUUGGCUCAGGAAACCAGACCCGCAGAUCUAUUGUUCCCAGAACUUCAUCUCUUUUCCGAGCCUGCAAUGUGUGGAUCACACCCACCACGACUGCCCCAUUAAUUUGAUUCUGGAUGCUCCACUCCCAUUGGGGCGUUUGUAUUCGAUGUCGGACCCUGAGUUGGUUGUGUUACGGGACUUUGUGGACAAAAAUCUUGCUCAGGAUUUUAUCUGGCCCUCAUCGCCAUUGUCUGCCCCGGUCCUGUUCGUGAAAAAGAAUACUGGAGACUUGUGGCUUUGUUGUAACUCCCGCAAGCUAAACGCCAUCAUAGCGCGCACCCAGUAUCCUCUGCCCCUUAUUCCUGAACUCUUGGAACUACUUCUGGAGGCUACUGUCUUCACUAAAUAGGACUUGCGAGGAACUUAUAAUCUUCUUCGGAUCCGUCCCAAGGAUGAAUGGAAGACGGCGUUUGGCACUCCUUAAGGACAUUUUGAGUAUACUGUACGGUCAUGCCGUUUGGGCUGACCAAUGCUCCUGCCAUCUUCCAACAUUUCAUGAAUGACAUUUUUAGGGACCUCUUGGACAAGUUUGUCGUAAUUUAUUUAGACAACAUUCUCAUCUAUUCUCCUUCCCAGAAGACCCACCAACAGCACCUCUGCCUGCUCCUGCAACAUCUUCGGGAGCAUCAUCUGUAUGCUAAACUGGAGAAAUGCCAGUUUUUCCAGUCCACCAUUGAGCUCCUGGGGCAUUGAAUCUCUCCCGAGGGCAUUGCCAUGGAGCCGAGCAAGGUGGAGUCUUUGCGUAGUUGGCAACCUCCUUGGUGACUGAAGGACCACUGUCUAGUGCCUCCUUGGGUUCGCCAACUACUAUCGGACCUUUAUCCCAAGCUUUGCUGCCAGGAUCAUGCCUCUCACUCGGCUUCUGCAGAAAAAGUCCAAUUUCGGUUGGGUACCCCCGAGCAACAGGCACUCCAGGCCUUGAAACAGGCCUUCAUGAAGGAGCCUAUCUUGAAGCAUCUUGACCCCCACCAUUUGUUUGUGGUAGAAGCAGAUGCAUCGGGUGUUGCUGUUGCUGCGGUCUUGCUACAGGCUCGCGCAUCUGGCGGUACCCUCUUCCCUUGUGCAAAGUUACUACAGACCACCCAGAAACUGAACCAAUGGUAGAUUCAGUGGUCCCUCUUCUUUGCAAGGUUCAAUUUCAGCAUUACGUACAUCCUUAGUGGUCGCAACCAAAGGGUGGAUGCGCUCUCGCGGAAACCGGAGUAUUCCCACAUCGAAGACCCGCUUCUGCUCCAGACAGUGUUGCCUGUAGAGUCUUUCUCCGUGGUUUAGGAACCAGUUGAUUUACGGGCUCAGAUACAGGAAGCUCAGCGGCAUGAUGCUUACAUGGAGCAACGGAAGAAAGAGGUAGGGCCCGCCUCUCCAUGGACGUUUCAUGAGGAACUCUUGCGGUACCGAGACAGGCUCUAGCUGCUGGUGGGGCCGCUCUGGGGACUUAUCUUGCCGCAGUGCCAUGAUAAUCCUGCAGCGGGGCACUUUGGCCUCUUUAAGACACUGAAUCUAGUUUCUUGCACUUUUGGUGGCCCCGAUUGAGACACAAUGUCCAGGCUUAUGUCACGUCUUGUGUUCACUGCCGACAGGCCAGGUCGGCAAUGGGAGCCGCUUCAGGCCUGUUCCAGCCAUUGCCACAGUGCCACAUGACAGAAAUGAACCACCCGAGUAUGAGGUCGCCAGCAUUCGGGACUCCUGGUGGGUAAAAGGACGGUUCAAGUAUCUAAUUGAGUGGAAGGGAUAUGGACUGGAGGACUUUACUUGAGAGAAUGCGACGUCUGUGCAUGCACCUAUCUUGGUGAAAGCAGUCCAUGACCUCUUCCAGUCACAGCUGCAUCUGGAUCGUCAGACCUGGGGGAAUGGCCCUGCGGUGAGCGAUAGUGUUGUGGUCCGCCAGCAGCCUGCGGAACUGGCAGCGGAGUUGGACAGUGAGGAGGCUGAGGAAAAACAUGGGCCUGUCCUGGAGGCUGGGGAAGGCCCAGAUGAGGGCUCUGCGUCAGAGGCAGAGCUGGGGCCAUGGCCAUCUGGGAGUGAUGUGCGGACUCCGGAGCCUCCAGAGCAGUGGUUCUCAACUUUCCUAAUGCCGCGACCCUUUCAUACAGUUCCUCAUGUUAUGGUGACCCCCAACCAGGGGUGGGUUCUAAAAUUUUUUACUACCGGUUCUGUGGGUGUGGCUUAUUUUGUGGGCAUGGCUUGGAGGUCAUGUAACUGGGUGGGCGUGGCUAGCUGGUCAUGUGACCGGGUGGCCAUUGCUAUAUGUGUAUAGGGACUACUCAGAGGGCUGAAAAAAGUCAUUUCUGACAGGUCCUUGCACUUUUGACUGGUCCUCACACUUAUGACCAUCCUCACAUUUAUGCCCAUGCAGCAUUCUUAACAACCAUGUCACUCAUUUCACAACUGCUUCUCUUCACCAUGGUGACAAAAAGUGUAAAAUAUGAGGAUAGUCGUAAA